AUGGCACGCCUCCCGUACCCCGAUGUCAAGGGAGCUCCCCUCAACAUUUCCAAGCUUCUCGCACAUAGCCCAGCCACCGUCAACCACUGGUCGAAAAUCGCAGGCGCUCACUUCAAAGACCUCGAGCUAUCCUCCAAGAACCGGGAGUUGGUCAUUCUUCUGAGCACGGCAAAGUUCCGAUCCACCUACGAGUGGACGCACCACAGCACAGUCUCCGCAAAGGAGGGUGUCACUGACGCCCAACGCGAAGUGAUUGUCCAGGCUGGGAGGCAGAAGGGAUACUUCUCUGCUCAAGGGAAACUGGAAUCUCUUGCGGAGUUGUUCACGUCAAAGGAAAAGGCCCUCUUAUUGUUUAUCGAGGCCGUCAUCGACGGGCCAGAGGUUGCGGAUGAACUAUGGACGAAAGCCAAGACUGAGUUUUCUGACCGAGAGGUCGUGGAAAUGAUCACUCUGCAGGGUUUCUACUACACCUUUUCACGCCUCACAACCGUCUUGAAUGUAGAGUUGGAGCCCUUCGCCAAGCCAUCCAAGCUCUAA